AUGCUUCUCCCCUCAGUAGCGCUGCUCCUUACCGCCCUCGCCGCUUCCGCAGAGCUCAACAAUCGUCAAGCAUCCUCGGCGGCCAGCUCGGCGGCUAGUAACAACCCAUCACCAUCGGUUAUUACCCGGUCGAUCUUCCCAGGCGGGGUCGCGGACAACAACAUACAGGAGGAAUCGACCAUCCCGAUCGAAUGCCUCAACGGCUGUUGGCCUCUUGCUUCACCCUAUGCGUACUGCUUUUUGUUUAGCAAGUACCCUAACGGCCAAGCCAUCCCCGCUUCGGUUUGCGAUGGCCUGUGCAAUCAGACAUACUAUGAUGGUCUAUCCCAAUGCCUCAAUUGCAUCGUUGCUAACGGCAACGAACGGCCAUUGGGCUACUCUACCAACACAUCCAUCACUGCCUUCCCAACCCGCUCAGCCGUCCCCGGCACGUCCCUCAUCGACAUGACCAAUCCUAAUGGCCCAAUCGAUGCCGCACAAGCGGACGGGUGGUUGAGGAACGUGACGAACAUGUGCUCGACGAAGGGGAAGGCCUUGACGGGUGCGACGAGCGUCACUGCUAUCCCUACCACGACAGGGAUCUACAAGACCAGCUGGACCAAGGGCGAGACCAUUGACCGACCACAAUGGACUGGCCUCACUCAAUACCCACCGCCGGUUGCUACUUAUACCCUCAACACAACUAUCGUCACCAGGCCAGCCUCGACCGGAGCGACAGGUAGUGGCAGUGGUGGUACGAGUGCCUCUGCAGCGAGCGCGGUCGCGGCAAGUCAGAGCAGCAAGGCUGCGGGUACAUAUACCAAGCAAGAAAGGUCGGCGGGCUGGACGCUCGCCGGGGCGUUACUGGCUUUGGCGUUGCUGUAG